AUGCCACAUCACAUAACAAACUGCGUCUUUGCGCGCACGAGCCUGACAACUUGCGACGUCUUUGUCAGAGCCUUGGCUCACAUGAGCCCAAGGGCAGAACUAUCACCCGAGGAAUUUAUACAAGCAGCAAGUCCAUGGUUUCUGGAUACUGAAACAGUGUGGAGUAGGGUGUUUCUCACGGCCACAGGAUGA